UAGUUUUUGGUAGUUUGUAAAACUAUUAUUCAUAUGUAUUACUUUAUUGUCUACUUUAUACCAGAGUUAGUUUGUAGACUUGUAAACAUUUAGUUAUGGUUAUGAGUCCUGUAGUAUACUCCUGUAUGCAUGUUUAUAAGAAAACAUAUUAAAGCGGAAAAAUCAGUUAAAAUGAAUGCAUUUAUAAGAAAAACUAACAAGUGUUUAUACUUGUACACACAAAAUACGUCGACAACCAUGGGAUAUAACCGGUACAAAAGUGUCGAUGUGGGAAGUGGUAGAUUCGGCGGAGGAGGUUCAAUCGGAGAAUCAGAUGAAAGCGAACACGAAGCUUCUUCGGAAGAAAAAUAUUUUUAUAAAGAAAAUAAGUACCGAGUAGAAAAACUAAAACAAGUUAUCGCAUAUCGAAACAAACAGAUAGAUGAACACAUCGAGGAAAUCAUCAAAAUUGUAUCACAGCCAACUGACAAAAAAUAAGCGACACUUCCUGUUUUCGUUAAUAUUUCAUUCGAAUACAAUACGCAGAUAAUCAUCGUGUUAUAAUUUGUAACCAUUUAAAAUAAAAAUUAAAA